GACAGUCGGACUAGGCUAGUGGACGGAGGAAGACCGGCAGUUCACGGGGGACGUGCCUUCUCUCCUGCGGGUUAACGCCCCUCUCGUAGCUUUCAAACAGCUGCCAGAUUUCUAGUGAGGAACCAUGUUGCGAGUGGUUACAGUGUGGCUGCUGGCGCUGAUAAGCGCCUCGUCGGCAGCCAAGAUCUUGAUGAUCGCACCAACUCCAUCCAUCAGCCACCAGCUGCCGUUCCACAUCCUGUCCAAGGCGCUGCUGCAGAGAGGGCACCAGGUCACCCUCAUGACAACGGACUCCCUUAAGAUAUCCCACGAGAACUAUACAGAUAUUGACUUAUCGGUAGCUUACAGCUACAUAAGAGGAAAGUAUGAUUUUGUGAAGACAUACGAAGAACCGCCGACGCAGUCGAUGACAAUGAUGCGUGACAUUGCCCAUGCCUCAGCCGACAUGCAAUUCAGUGAGCCGUCGGUUCAGAAAUUCAUAAGGUCUGGUGAAACGUUUGACCUCGCAGUACUGGAGGGUUUCGCCUUCAUGUCGUACUACGGACUCUUACACAGAAUGGGUUCACCGCCUGUGGCGAAGCUUCUGACUCUCACGGCUCCAUCGUCCGUCUACUACAACUUCGGAAGCCCUAUGGAGCCGGCAUACAUGCCGGACAUGUGGCUCGGCUACUCGGACCGCAUGGACUUCUGGCAGCGGCUGUACAACACAUACUUCUACCUGCGGCUGAUGUACAUGUGGUUCUACCAGGCCAUGCCUUUACAAGAGGAAGUCAUGAGGAAGUACUUUGGUCCAAAUCCUCCGUCUGUCUACGAAGCGGACAAGAACGUCAGUCUGCUCAUAACAGUCAACCACUUCGUCUUGGAAUAUCCUCGCCCGCACCUGCCCAACAUCAUCGAGGUUACCGGAAUCCAUGUGGCCACAGAACAGAAGCCUCUGCCAAAGGACAUCAAGAAGUUCCUGGACGAGGCGGAAGACGGCGUGAUCUACUUCAGCCUGGGCUCCAACGUACGCAGCAAUGCGAUGCCAGAGUGGAAGCGACAGGCGUUCGUCGAAGCAUUCCGGGAGCUGCCCCAGAGGGUCCUCUGGAAGUGGGAAAACGACUCCCUUCCUGGUCAGCCAAACAACCUCAUGGUCAGCAAGUGGCUGCCGCAGCAGGACAUACUAGCCCAUCCAAACGUGCGGCUCUUCAUAACGCAAGGCGGCCUGCAGAGUCUCAAUGAAGCCACGUACCACGCCGUGCCGCUGCUCGUCAUCCCGUUCUUCUCCGACCAGGCGCACAACGCCGCCAAAAUACAGCAGGCGGGAAUAGGAGUCUGGCUGGAGUACAGUGACGUCACCAAGGACACCCUGCUGAGGGAUUUGCGGAGCGUCCUCCACGACUCCAAGUACAAGGACAACAUGAGGACAUUGUCGUCGAUAUUCCGCGAGCACAAGGCGGAGUCUGUGGAGCGCGCGGUGUGGUGGCUGGAGUACGUGAUACGUCACAAGGGGGCCCCGCACUUGCGCAGUGCCGCCCUCGAUCUGCACUGGUGGCAGCGGCUGCUGCUGGACGUCGUCGCAUUCGUUCUACUAGUCGCCGCCAUCGCAGCCUAUGUACUGUAUCUGUCUGCUCAGGCGAUCGUCCAGUUCCUCGCAGGACGUAGAGUGAAAGUCAAAGCCGAGUAGACGCUCAGUUACGUAGUAAAGCACGACUGUGAUACUGAGUCAGAAUCUGUAUAUGAAAACGUCUGUGAUGUGAAAAUGUGGCAGCACCUUGCUGCAUGUAGGUAUGGAGAAAGAUGUUGAGAAAUGUUUCGUUACUUUGGAAUUGACGAAAAGCGUGUCUGUGAUACAUGUGCACCUUUACUGAAAAGCUGACACAGUUCUGGUACAAAAAAUACUCUGCAGAGAGAGUUUCACAGAACUCAGAAAGGUAAUGUGGUAAUUUCUGCAACGAAUAAUGAGGGACGAAAUUAAAAACUCUGUGAGUACCUUGAAACUAUUUAGACUCUUGAAAACAGCAGCGAAAAGCUGGUAUGAAUUUCGUUGUAAUCUCCGUUAGCAAAUAAGAAUUUUAUAAAAUUUAUAGCUAGUAUGAAACGAUUAUGUCAGUAAAUUUUACAAAUUUGUUGGAAACAGUAUUAUACAUAAUGAAAAGUAUUAC